AUGAGUAUAUAUGCGUGUCAAAAUGACCGUGGAAGUUAUCCACUAAAUGGUGCUUCCGUCACUACUAAUUCAACCACCAAGAGUACUGCAUGGCAUUCUGAAGCAACAAAAAGCAGCCAUCUGGAAACUUUUACUUCCUUGAAUAGGACUUCUUCGGAAUCUUCAGGCUCACAACAACAGGACUUUCAUUUGCCGCAGACAGAUCUAUUUUAUCUAAACAUCCCUUUGCGUGAAGAAGAGGAAUGUGUAAAACCAGUUUUAAAUAACCCUGCUGAUAAGAUAACGGUCGAAACUCAGUUGGCAGAGGCACCACCUUCAACGAGCUCCGAGAUACAUCGAAAUGAUACGGAUGUAGAUGAAGAGAUCGAUAUUCAAAUACGAAAUGUUGUUUGUAAUUACACACUUCCACUGCACAUAGAUCUGCAUCGUGUUGCUUUAAGUUCGGGAAAUGUAGCGUUUGAUAGAGGCCGAGGAGUGUUAUUGAAGCAAAAGAGAAAUCCUUCAUGUUAUGUGAAAAUAUACAGCUCGGGAAAAAUUUAUAUAGUCGGCUGCCGAAGUGAGAUUGACUGUAAACGAGCAGCAAGAGGUGUUGCCCGGAUGGUGCAGAAAAGCAUGGGCAGAAUUAUGGAUAUUGUUCGAAUUCGGAAUUAUCGUGUUUGUAACGUAUUGGCAACUUGUAAAAUGCCAUUUGGCAUAAAAAUUGAAGAACUUGCGCAGAAAUACCCGGAAUGUUCUCAGUAUGAACCAGAAUUGUCAGUUGGACUGAUAUGGCGUUCUACAAAUCCACGAGCCACUCUGCGUAUCCAUACUACAGGCAGCAUCACUGUCACUGGUGCUGCGUCGGAGAAUGACGUUAUGAAAGCAAUUGAAAUAAUUUACCCAAUCAUCAAGGAGUUUAGAUGUGCACUACGUUUGCGUGAUUCCAAUAUCACAAAGCCAGUACGUAAACGAAAACAAAUGGAACUUAGUUCUACUAAUAUGAACAAAAGAAUGAAUGUCAUGCAGCCUAGUUUACAAGGUCUUCAACGGCUUUCUGGUACAUCUGGUGUCAUUGGAAAUCGUAUUUACUUCAGCGAUGAGGAUGAUGAAGACGAUGAAUUUGAAGAUGUUGUCUAA